UCCAGAAUGUCAGCCUCACCCACACUAAACAGCAAGUUCCUAUCCUUUCAACUCUUUUCCUGUUUAAAUCUGUGACCACUUAAAUGAAGUCCAGGCCACUGUACCUAAAACAACCUUAAAAGAGACAUUUUCAAGAAGCAAUUAAAGCACCUCACUAGGAUCAUUUUGUUUUGUUUUCUCUUAUCUCCCAUCCCCCUUCCCAUAUUUGAGUACAACAAAUAACAAGAGCCCUUCUGUUCUUUUAAAUUAACUUUAGUUUCACUUUCGAAAUUGCAGUAACCUUGCAACAUGCACUUCCCCGAGUAAAUGUGUGGAUUGGACUAAUGAAAAACAGAAAUGGCUAGCAGUCAUCCGGAUAAAUACAGAGUUCUGUACCUGAAAAUCUACACUGGAGAAGCUGUGGAAAUUAUUUUGUGACAGCUUUUUAAAAAUUAGAUCUUUUCCUUAAAAAAAUCCCCAGAUGUUAAAAAAAAAUCUACCCCCUUUCCUCUGAUUUGUUGGCUGGAGAGGAGAGCAGAGCUGGCAUUUAAUGAUAAUGUGCUGUCAAAGAAGAAAACCAUUCAGGUGUUCCUAAAGAGCAGAGUCAUGAAACAGUCUUUGCCUUAUAGCUACGCCUUGUUGGGACUGUUGCCCCUUUGGGUUUUGUAUGCCUCCUCCACCAAUAAAUGCACGGUGACACAUGAAGUUGCUGAUUGCAGUCAUCUGAAGCUGACUCAAGUGCCUGAUGACCUUCCCACAAACAUUACAGUGUUGAAUCUGACCCACAACCAGCUCAGAAGAUUACCACCUACCAAUUUUACAAGAUACAGCAAACUUACUGUCUUGGAUGGAGGAUUUAACAGCAUUUCAAAACUAGAGCCAGAACUGUGCCAAAAUCUGCCUUCUUUGAAAGUUUUGAACCUCCAACACAAUGAGCUAUCUCAUCUCUCUGAUAAAACUCUCAUGUUUUGCAUGAACUUGGCUGAACUCCAUUUAAUGUCCAACUCAAUCCAGAAAAUACAAAACAAUCCUUUUAAAAACCAAAAGAAUUUAAUCAAACUAGAUCUUUCUCAUAAUGGUUUAUCAUCUACACAAUUAGGAACCCAGUUCCAACUGGGAAAUCUCCAAGAGCUUCUGUUAUCAAAUAACAAAAUCCAUGCACUAAGAGGUGAAGAACUUUAUUUCCUUGGUAAUUCUUCCUUACAAAAAUUAGACUUGUCAUCAAAUCAAAUUAAAGAGUUUUCUCCAGGGUGUUUUCAUGUGAUUGGAGAAUUAUUUGGCCUCAUUUUGAACAAUGUCCAAUUGGGUCCUGGUCUCACAGAGAAGCUUUGUUUGGAAUUAUCAAAUACAAGCAUCCAGAAUCUGUCUCUGAGUAAUAUCCAGCUCUAUAGAACAAGCAAAACAACUUUCUUUGGACUAAAGCAAACCAAUCUCACUACGCUGGACCUUUCCCACAACAACUUAAAUGUGAUUGAUAAUGAUUCCUUUUCUUGGCUUCCACAUCUGAAAUAUUUCUUCCUGGAGUAUAAUAAUGUAGCACAUUUGUCUUCUCAUUCUUUUCAUGGGCUUUUUAAUGUGAGAUACCUGAAUUUGAAACGAUCAUUUACUAAACAAAGUAUUUCCUUUGCUUCACUUCCCAAGAUUGAUGAUUUUUCUUUUCAGUGGCUAAAACGUUUGCAGUACCUUAACAUGGAGGAUAACAAUAUUCCAGGAAUAAAAAGGAGUAUGUUCAGUGGAUUGAUAAAUCUGAAAUACUUGAGUCUAUCCAACACUUUCACAGGUUUGCAAACUUUAACAAAUGAAACAUUUUUAUCACUUGCUCAUUCUCCUUUACGUGUGCUCAACUUAACCAGAAAUAAAAUCUCAAAAAUAGAGACUGGUUCUUUCUCUUGCUUGGGCUACCUAGAAGUACUGGACCUUGGCCUUAAUGAAAUUGAGCAAGAACUCACAGGCCAAGAAUGGAAAGGUCUGGGAAAUAUUUUUGAAAUCUUUUCCUACAACAAAUACCUACAACUGACGAGCAAAUCCUUUGCAUCGGUCCCUGGACUUCAACGACUGAUGCUCCGAAGGGUGGGUUUUAAAAAUGUGGACAGCUCCCCUUCACCCUUCCACAGUGUUCAUAACUUGACCAUUCUGGAUCUGAGCAACAACAACAUAGCCAACAUCAACGAUGAACUGUUGGAAGGUCUUGAGAAGCUAGAAAUUCUGGAUUUGCAGCAUAAUAACUUAGCACGGCUCUGGAAACAUGCAAACCCUGGCGGUCCUGUUCAUUUUCUAAAGGGUCUUACCCACCUUCAUAUCCUUAACUUAGAGUCUAAUGGCUUUGAUGAAAUCCCAGCAGACAUGUUCAAGGACUUGUUUGAACUUAAGAGCAUUAAUUUAGGAUUGAAUAAUUUAAACAUACUUCCACCGUCUCUCUUUGACCAUCAAAUGUCUCUGAAGUCAUUGAACCUUCAGAAGAAUCUCAUAACAUCAGUUGAGAAGAAUGUUUUUGAGCCAGUUUUCCAGAAUUUGAGUUAUUUAGAUAUGCGCUUUAAUCCAUUUGAUUGUACAUGUGAAAGCAUUGCUUGGUUUGUUAAUUGGAUUAAUAAGACCCAUACUAACAUCUCAGAGCUAUCAACUCAUUACAUCUGCAACACUCCACCUCAAUAUCAUGGCUUCCCAGUGAUGCUUUUUGAUACAGCACCCUGCAAAGACAGUGCCCCCUUUGAACUCUUUUUUGUGGUCAGUACCAGUUUGCUUUUCACUUUUAUCUUUAUUGUAUUCCUCAUCCGCUUUGAGGGCUGGAGGAUAUCUUUUUAUUGGAAUGUUCUGGUCCAUCGAGUUCUUGGCUUCAAGGAAGUAGAUGGACAGACAGAGCAAUUUGAAUACACAGCAUAUAUAAUUCAUGCCUAUAAAGAUAGAGAUUGGGUCUGGGAAAACUUCUCCCCAAUGGAAGAAAAAGAUCAAUCUCUCAAAUUUUGUCUGGAAGAAAGGGACUUUGAAGCAGGUGUCCUUGGACUUGAAGCAAUUGUUAAUAGCAUCAAAAGAAGCAGGAAAAUUAUUUUUGUUCUAACACAGCAUCUAUUAAAAGAUCCACUGUGCAAAAGAUUCAAGGUGCAUCAUGCAGUUCAACAGGCUAUUGAACAAAAUCUAGAUUCCAUUAUAUUGGUUUUUCUUGAGGACAUUCCAGAUUAUAAGCUUAACCAUGCUCUCUGUUUGAGAAGAGGAAUGUUUAAGUCUCACUGCAUCUUGAACUGGCCAGUUCAGAAGGAACGGAUAAAUGCCUUUCACCAUAAAUUGCAAGUAGCACUUGGAUCCCGAAAUUCAGUUUAUUAAAUUCAUUUAGAGAUUAAAUGAGCAAAGAAAUAACUUUUCAAUUUAAAAAGCUCAAGGUAAAUUAAAGUUUUACCUAAAAGUAAUGUAAUUUAACCAAGAGUGGUGUUGUCUCCCCAACACUCGGGAGACUGAGGCAGGAAGAUUGCUGUGAAUUUGAGACCCGCUUGGGCUACAAAGUGAGUUCCAGGUGAGUCUCAACUAGUGAGACCCUGUCUCAAAAAAGAAAAGUAUAGAAGUAAUGUAAUCUGAUUAUUCAUGUGUAUAGUUGAUGGCAUUAUAUUAUAGUUAUAUUUCUUUAUAGAAAUUUAUCACCUGUUUUAUCCAAAAAUAAUAAAUCACCUGACUUAUCCAUAAUCAUAAUUUACCACCUGAUUUAUCCAAUCAUAAUAAAUAUCUAAGCAUAUAGGAAGAACAUCUUGUACUAAUGAAUACACAGUUGGUCACUGAGGCCUGUCACAGUCUCAAAAAGCUUUAAAAUACUUCUUAUUUAGAGAAAACAGAGUUAGGCCAGGUUUUUAUAGUAAUCAUUUUUUGGUUGCGGAGUAUAGUUAGAAUGAAAGAUAAAAUAUUUUAUGUGAACAUUUCAUAUUUACAUUUUAUAACCAGCCCUAAAUGUAUGAACUUGAGCAUCUGUCAAACUAAAUUUUAUUUUUGUAGUAUGGUCAGCAUGAUGUAAAUAAAUAUCCAAUUCUGUAAAAGAAGAUAAUUGUUUUAAUGGA